GGUGCAAAAUUAAUAAAAAUUGUAUAAUUGAAUUAAUAUAAUGAAAAAAUAUAUAUUAGUAUAAGUUGGGGGGGCAAACAUGAAAUGAGAGUUUGGUGAAGAGCAGAAUGGAAAUAUCAAAAUCCACGAAAAGGGCAUGUGAACCAUGCACGCCAUAUAAAACCCAAAGGUGGUGUGGUAGCUUCCCCUUCAUUAUCGCUUCAUCCUCUUCUUGCUUUCUAACAAAGUUUAUAUAUACGAGAAUUGAAUUGAAUUGAAUUGAAUUGAAGCUGCUCCAAUAUCAAUUAUCAUCAUGACUAAUUAUUUAUUAAUUCCGAUCUUCAUCUUCAUCCUCCUUCAACGUCCUGUCCUUGGGAGUUGGGAUUUGUUGAGCGAAUUAUCCGGCAGGGAAGAGUUGGUGCAGUGGGCUGGUUAUGGCGAAGAUAAGCUCUCCACCGUCGUCAUCACCGGCACUAUUCUUUGCAACGCCGCCGACUUACCUUCGAUCAAUACUCAUCCUGUCUCAGGCGCAAGGGUGAGUGUUAUGUGCGGCAGCGGCACGAAGAAGAAGUGGUCAACAGCAAAAGGCAGCACAGAUGUUUCGGGAAAGUUCGCGAUAGAUCUUCCUUCUCAUCUCCACGCCAUCCCAAACUUGGAAAGAGUUUGCCACGUCAGAGUGGUUCAUCUCCCGCUGACUUCUCCGUGUCGCAAAGCUUGCGCCGCAAAGCACAAUAAAGCCAUAGCUCUCAGCUCCGUGGAUCAAGGCAUCCGCACCUACACCACCCACAACAUACAUCUCAACCGCAUUUGAAACUUCACUACAAGAGAGAGAGUAAAUAUAUAUGUUCUUGCGAUGUGAGAUGUAAAUUAUGCAUAUUGGUAAGUGGUGAUGUUGAUAAUGAAACUUCUUUGCCCA